AUGGUUCGCCACAAAAAAGACAAGUUUUCAUCUCGAGGUGGAAAAGGUCGUGGUCCUCCUCGUCAACACCACCCCGCCGAUGACGAUUCCGAACAGACCUCUUCCAAACCCGCUUUCAAGGCCGCCUGCUGGGAUUUAAAUCACUGCGACCCGAAACGAUGCUCGGGUAAAAAGCUCAUAAGACUCGGUCUCAUGCGCGACCUUCAUCUUGGUCAGAGACACAACGGUGUCAUCAUCACACCCAACGGAAAGCACAAAAUCUCUCCAGCUGACAAAGAGCUAAUGGAGCAAUAUGGCGCAGCUGUGGUGGAGUGUUCUUGGGCGCGAACUCAAGAAGUCCAAUGGAACAAGGUUGGUGGUAAAUGCGAACGACUGUUACCAUACCUGGUCGCUGCCAAUUCUGUCAAUUACGGCAAGCCAUUGCGCUUAAACUGUGUGGAGGCCCUGGCUGCCGCAUUCUACAUAUGCGGCCAUUCCGAUUGGGCAGAGGAAGUAUUACGCCCCUUCAAUUAUGGAGAGUCAUUUUUAGCCAUCAACUCGAAGAUCCUGAAGAAGUACGCAGCUUGCACCGAUGAGGAGGGGAUCAUAAAGACCGAAAAGGAGUGGAUGGAGCGAUUAGAACGUGAACAUGCCGAAAGUAGGGAAAACGCCGAUGAUGACGACCUAUGGAAAGGUGGCAACGUCAACCGUAGAGACAUUUUUGAUACCGAUGACGAAGAGGAGGACGAUGACGACGAUGACGAUGACGACGAAGAGAAAGGGAAAGAUAAUGACAGCGCUGACGGCAUUUAUCUUGGUAAAAAGCCAGCUCAAUGGCCAAAAUUAGGAGAAGGUACACAAAAACAGGGGAAUGAGGGGUCUAGCAGAGACCCGUUCGAUAUAUCAGACGACACUGACGAUGAUGCCGAAAUGGAGGAAAUUCGGCGCAAAGUUCUUGCAUCAAAACCCUUCGCGAAUCCAGAUGAUGCGGACCGAAAGCCAAAGCCACAGGCGAUUCCUCCUUCACAACCACAAAGGUACAAGGUCGACUCAGAUGUAGAGCCAGAUUCGGAUAACGGAGAAGGCGACGAUGACGACGAUGAUACUUUCGACAAUAUCAUUGAUGCCACACCCAUCACCGAUAGGACAGGACUGGCAAAGCUGGAGAAGGAAAGAUCAAGGGCAAAUGUUAUGAGUCGAUCUUUCUCUUCAGGUGGCGCGACAGCACCGAAGCGUUGGUAA